CAUCUAACUCAUUUGGUCCCUCUCUUCUUUUUCGUCGCCUACCACCACGUGUGUUCUUCUUCAGGUUGUUUGUGUCCUGCUAACGUGUCUUCUUCUCUGAGGUUUUCUUCCAGCUUUUUCACUAAUUACAACAUCAGGAUUCCAGAACACAAGAAAUCAUCCCCUUUCACUAACCCUAGGUCCAGUUCCACAAUUUUUCCUCUACAAUCCCAAGUCGUGUAGAGGGGUUCAAAGUUGCAGGUAGCUAGGAGCUUUAAUUUGCUGUCCAAUCGAAAUCCCCUCUCGACGCCUUAUUCCCAAAGCUUCACUUUGUUUUUUUUUUCUUAAUUUGAUCAGAGAUUUGAACGAAGAAAGCUUGGACGAAAAUUAACCGUGGAACAUCUUCACCAACAAUGGGAGUUGAACUCAACCUCUGGAUCACCCUACCACUUCUAACAGCCAUAUACAUCCUAACAAAACACAUACUUCACAAACUCAACCAUCUUCCUCCAACUCCAUUCCCAACCCUCCCUCUAAUCGGCCACCUCCACCUCUUAAAAAAACCGCUCCAUCGCUCACUCGCAAAACUCUCCCAAACUCACCGCCAGCCGGCUCUCUUCCUCCGCUUCGGAUCCCGCAACGUUCUACACGUCGCUUCCCCUACUGCGGCCGAAGAAUGUUUGUCCAAAAACGACGUAGUCUUCGCUAACAGACCUCACCUUCUCAGCGGCAAAUAUUUCGGUUACAACUACACCUCCUUGCCAUGGGCGCCUUACGGCGACCACUGGCAGAAUCUCCGCCGUAUAUCCGCGGUGGAGAUCUUAUCCAACACUCGCCUUGACUCACUGGCUGACAUCCGUCUGGACGAGAUCAGGUCGAUGAUCCUUAAGUUUUCUUGUAAUAAAGAUAAUGGUCCAGAUCAUACAGUUAACUUGAGAUCGGAAUUUUCUGGGUUCAUGUUUAAUGUGAUGACAAGGAUGAUGGGAGGGAAGAGGUUUUAUGGUGAUUUGGAUGGUGGAGAAGUGGAGGAAGCUAAGAGGUUUGGUGAUUUGCUUGCGGAUACCGAACAGGUGAUAUCAGAGUCGAAGAUAUUGGAUAUGUUGCCGAAUUUCCGAUGGUUGUUUGCAGGAAAGUUUGAGAAGAGGUAUGCGGCUGUGCAACAGAGGCGUGAUGAUUUUAUGCAGGUUUGGAUUGAUGAGUUUAGAGCGGGUGGUUUGUGUGGUGGUGAAGAGAAGAAGAAGAAGAAGAAGACGUUGCUUGAGAUUUUACUGUCUCUACAAGAUGCUGAUCCGGAGUAUUAUACAGAUGAAAUGAUCAAAAGCCUUUCACAGGCUCUAUUACAUGGAGGAAUCAAUACAUCGGUCGAGACAAUGGAGUGGGCGAUGACGCUUUUACUUAACAACCCGCACGUUUUACACAAGGCGCAAACUGAAAUCGACAGCUUCGUAGGAUGCGAUCGAUUAGUGAACGAGGCCGAUCUAUCGAAGCUUCCAUACUUGCAGUGUAUCAUCAAGGAGACGUUAAGAAUGCACCCAACCGCGCCGUUACUUCUUCCUCAUGAGUCAUCCAAAGAUUGUGUGGUUGGUGGUUACCAUAUCCCACAUGGUACUAUGUUGUUCGUGAAUGUGUGGGCUAUACAAAAUGAUCCAAACACUUGGGAGUCUCCCGACAUGUUUAUACCCGAGCGGUUUGAAGGUAAAGAAUCUAGUAUUAAGGUGAAAGACGGGUUGACUAUGAUGCCGUUUGGGUCAGGGAGGAGACGUUGCCCGGGUGAAAACUUGGCUUUGCGUAUUGUGGGGUUGGCGUUAGCGUCUAUCAUUCAAUGCUUCGAUUGGAAACGGGUUGGUGUGGAAAUGGUGGAUAUGAGCGAAGCGGGUGGGUUUACCGCACCAAAGGCUGAACCGCUAGUCGCUAAGUACCAGCGUCGUUCGAUUGUUGAGCAUCUUCUAUCUCAGAUUUAGAUUAGUUAGCAAGGUCCAUGGAGUGGCUCGGUGUUGUUAUUACAAUGCAUAACUUCUAUAAAACAUGGGCUAUAAUUUGUAUUGUUGAUGGACUGAUAUGUAUUGGGUCAAAGAAUGUUUGAGCUGGUAACUGGGCCGCACUUUGAAUUAUGUUUAGCCCAUCAACUCUUGAAAUAUGUUCUUUGAAAUAUAUUGGACCAACUUGUGCGUUA